GAGGGCCCAGGGCCACCCUCCCCUCUCGCGCCCAUCCGUAAAGAAAACUCCGCGCAUGCGCACUGAUUCCUCUCUUUCCGUGGAAGCAAGAUUGAAGUUUUAGGCCCAUUAUGGCAGAUGAUGACUUCUCCACUGCAGAUGCUGGGGCCUCUACCACAUACCCCAUGCAGUGCUCUGCACUGAGGAAGAACGGCUUCGUUAUGCUGAAAGGACGUCCCUGUAAGAUAGUUGAAAUGUCUACCUCAAAAACUGGCAAGCAUGGUCAUGCCAAGGUGCACCUUACUGGACUUGACAUCUUUACUCAGAAGAAGUAUGAAGACAUCUGUCCUUCUACUCAUAAUAUGGAUGUUCCAAAUGUGAUCAGGAAAGACUAUCAGGUGAUCGACGUGUCUGAUGGCUUCCUGUCUCUGAUGGAUGACAAUGGAGAAACCAGAGAGGACCUUAAAGUGCCAGAUGGUGACCUGGGUAAAGAAAUAGAGAAGAAGUUCAGUGAUGGAGAACAAUUCAUGGUCUCGGUGUUGAAAGCUGUGGAUGAAGAGCGUGUAGUUGGCACUAAGAACAUGACUUAGUCCCGGACAGCGUUGGAGACCUCACCUUCCUUUUGUCCUUCCUGGUUUAGAAGCUUCACCAAAGCUACUGGCCUUCACCCCCACAUCUCCACUUGCUGACAGCUGUAAUCUGGACACCAGACUGGGUCAGCUUCAACCGUACCUCAAAGGCCAGAGUGCUAUUCUCCUCAGUCAAUGGUUCUGCCCUCCCCACAGCUUGCUGAGCACCAUUUUCAGCACAUACUGCUAUUAUUUUAAGUAUUUCGGACCACCUUCCAGCAAUGCAUAACAUUCCUAUCAGUCUGGAGGUUUGCUUUUUGGGCGCAUUCCUUCUAAAAUAGUUGAUUUCAAAUGUCUGCAGGAGGACACUGCACCCCAGGCAUGUUACCUAUUUAGUUUACCUCUCAGAGAAUGCAUGUUACCUUAAUCGCAGGAUCACGCCUUCACACCACUGAUUACAAAUUCAUCCACAUGUGCACAGCUCAUGCCUUAGGAACUACGUAUUCAUGCAAGCAGCAUCAUUUUAUUUAAAGCUUCACUAAGAGCAAGUUUUCUACUGCAUGUAGCCCGGUCUCAGUGGUUAGUCCUUUCUAGCUGACAUCUCGGGGUCUCAGCAGCCCAACAGUUUGGGACAGAGGAGGUUGGGUGGGACCGUUUUCUCUUCUAUGCUAUAAAACUUUAUUUUCACUUGAGGCCUUUUACAAGCUGACAAAUAUAGAGAAAUUAUUUUGAAGAAAAAAAAAGCAUUGAGAACCUUUUCUGUUCCACAUUGUAAUCUCAAACUUUUGAGUUUAAUUGCAAACUUGUUCAAAGCAAAUGUAGCAACAGAAUGCUACAGGAAGAGAGAAAUGUGGUAAUGAGAAGGCAUUUAGUUUUAUGUAAUUUAACCUACUUUAAAGGGUAGUUAAUGGGUUAAUGACUGUUACCAUUAAGUCACUGUUUGGGUUUCAUCAGGGAGGUGUGAAGAACUUUAAAGAGUUAAACAGUUGCAGACCUAUUUGCCACUAAAUGGCACAUUUAUGGAUGUUGUGCACAAGUUGCACUCAUCAGUUUAUACAAAAUAUUGCAGUUUUUUUUAUUAAAUGAAAAGUUAAUUUGUCUGUUUUUAAGCAAUAUUAGUUGAAAUACAUUUACAUGCUCUUCAUUCAUCUGGUUGUUAGAGAACCUGCAUUUGUAAAAGCAUGUCAGUUUCCCCCCUCCCCCCUACCAUGAAUGACAUAUUUCUUAUUAACGACAUAUUUAAAGCACUGCAUCUAUUCGUCAUGGUUUCCUGUGUUUUCACUAAAGCAUUUGGAUUUUGUGAAGAAGCAAGACUUUCAUGAAUGCAUGUGCUCAGAAACUACAAAUUACUGUCGUUCAGCAGCAGGAAUGAUUCAGACUAGUGGGCAAUUUAUUCAGUUUAUGGGGAUAAAAAAAGCAAUAUUUUACAAAAUUUUAGUAAACGAACCUGUGUUCUUGCAAAACAGCUGUUAAAAGCUCAGUAAGGCAAAUACAUGUAGAUAAGUUUUUUGUUUUUGUUUUGCAGCAGAAUCCAUUUCCUUUACAACAAGUAAGGAACAUGUUUACAUGAUGUUGAUGACAUCAGAGUUCUGCUAAAAGGUGAUAAACUUCCCAAAUCUGGACGAACACACAGGUUUUUUUUAUUUUUUUUUAAUUUUUUGACAUUUGAAAGUACUCUGUUGAGCUUUAGGUGUGGUCAACAGCAGCUGGUCUGUUAUUUUUCUUGUCUAAAUAUUUCUUUUUAAAUUCCAUCAGGACAUAAAUGUAGUCCGCUGGUUGCUGUUAGUUGCAUCUUUUCUCAUCAUUCCAGUAUUAUUCAGAGUGUGAUGUUUUCUCUAUGUAAUAAUGUACUGUGGCCUAAGAAAAGCCACUUCCAACUUUCCUUCUUCCUUUUUUAUUUGUGUCCAAAUAUGUUAGAAUACAGAACAGCAGUACUGUAGAGUACAAGGGCAAAAGGUAAAGCCAUAUGACUGUAUUCCACGCACGAACUGUGCAAACCGUCAUCAAUUGAAGGCCCUUACAGAGCAGCAAAGCAGGAACAUUUAGGCUCUUUCACAGAACAGUUGUGUCAUGUGGCUGCAGAGACAAACCCAUCCGAAGGCUGCUCCUGACCAUAAAUCACCUGUCAGGCUGCACGUUCACACAUGUGCCGACUGAUUAAAGAAGCUGGCAUCAUUGAAUCAACAGAGUCGUGUUUAUUAAAGGUGAGGAUCUCUAAUCACCCCACAGUUUAUAUCAAGUGCUAUUCAGAGGAUUUUUUUAAUGAUUAUCGGCUCGUAUAUAAAAUAUGUUUCAUUCAUACAAGAUCUGAGAACCAGGUGAACAAAAAAAUGCUGAUUUAAGAGUGAUGGAGGUUUUAGCGUCAUGAAACCCACAGCCUUCAGUUUCUACUGUUUUUAGUCUUGUAGACAGCUGUGUUGGUAAACAUGAGCUGCUGUCUGUGUUGGAGACUAGUUGACAACUUAAAGCAGGGAGGGGUGGGUGGGGGGUAAAUGUUUAGUUGCAGUAACUGAAUUCUGAGUGCUCGUGAUGAAGGGACCAGCGAACCAUGUAGCUGCUUUGUUGCUCAGCCAGUUUUUAAAACCGACAUAUUUUUAUGUUCACGGCUUUCAAUCUGAGCUUUAUGCAUGUUGCCCACAAUACAACGCUGCAAAUGUUUCAACACACAGUGGAAACUUUUGUUGCUCACCAACUUGUCAACAACUCAGUGAGACGGUACAGUUAGAGGUGUCAACAACAACCUUCACACUUCAGUUUAUUUCUAUUAUUAAUAUGAAGUCAUUUGAUUUUUGACGUCUAUAACUCUUCAGAGUUAUUCAUAUCUACAUUGUGAUGAAUCAGAUGGCCCAUAUAGUCCUUGAGCCUUGUGUUAAUUUAGAGUAUUACAUAUAAAAUCUGUUGCGUAUUCUGGUUUGUCGCUGCGACUGACAUCACAACUUGACACUGUUGAGCCGUGAAGUUGGCUUCUUUCAGAUGUCGACCAUUCCUGCCUCAGUCCUUUAACAAAUCACACCAAAGGCGUCUCGGUGUCGGCUUGAAGUGUUUUGUGAAAGAGCCUUGUUGUGUUACUUUGUCACCAGGCUUUGGCUGUAGGGUCAGAUAAAGGGCCCAGUUUAAUUUUCUGAAUAAAUCUGUUCAAAGUUUCAGUCUUUACCGCCUCACAAUAACUGGAAAGUAAUAUGUGUAAAGAAUGUUAAACAUAACCUGUUGUAUGUAAACUGCAGGAACUUAUCUUUUAACAAAUAAAAUACUGUACAGAUGUUAAUCAAACUCA